GACCAAUGGAAAGAGGGACUGGGUAAUGGGGGCGGGGCUGUUGGCCUAAGAUGGCGGCGCUGCUGGGCCUGGGCCUGAUGCUGGGCCCGGAGUUGGAGCUGGAGCGGGAGGGGGAAGGUGUGGGGGUGGGACACGGACACGGGCUGCACGGAGAGCACAAGGUGGACCUGGACGCGAUUGAUCUGUCAAACCUGUCGCCAGAGGAAAGAUGGAGGGUGGAGCAUGCCCGGAUGCACGCCAAACACCGGGGCCACGAGGCCAUGCACGCCGAGAUGGUCCUGAUCCUCAUCAUCACCCUGGUCCUUGCCCAGAUCCUCCUGGUUCAGUGGAAACAGAGACACCCCAAGUCCUACAACCUGGUGACUCUAUUCCAGAUGUGGGUGGUCCCGCUGUACUUCACAGCGAAGCUGCACUGGUGGCGGUUCCUGAUUAUCUGGACUUUGUUCUCAGCCGUCACCGCAAUUAUCACCUUCCGCGCAACACGAAAGCCACUGGACAGAAGCACCCCCAG